AUGGGCAAUCCAAGUGCAAAUAAGGGCGCCGUUCGGGAGGACGAGGCCUCCCCUCCAAGCCCCGUGGUUGAGUCUGUCACUGCUGCCCCGACUUCGAAGCGGGACAAUGCUGUUGAACCCAACUACGACUCGGAUGCCAAUAGGGAGGACCCUGAGGAUGCUAAGCAUCUCGACGGUGAUGCUGCCGUGGUGCGCGGAGCUGUUGUUAUUCGAGAUGGCAAUGACAUCGCGAGAUAUGUCGUUAGCACACGCGACGACCACGACCCCGUCCUCACCUUCCGGUCAUUCAUCAUCGGCUCCGGUCUGACCGCGCUCGCUGCUUGCAUCAACCAGAUUUACUACUACAAGCCCGUCGAGGUAUCGUUCGCCUCUGUUUUCCUUUGCUUGUUAGCCUAUGUUCUGGGCGUCGCGUGGUCCAAGGCCCUCCUCGUCGCCACCACCGGGAACGGUGCCGCCAUUGUCCAGGUGUUUGGCGCCGAGAGGCUCUUUUACAACCGCGAGACUGCGCCGGCCACGGCCAUCUUGACCAUUUUCUCGGCUUCCAUCUUUGGCUACGGCCUGGUUGGCAUUCUGAGGUCCAUCAUUGUCCACCCAAGCGAGAUGGUCUGGUGGCAAUGCCUCCCCAUGAUCUCCAUCUACCAGACCUUCCACCGAGAACCCGAGGGCGCUAACAGAGACCGCCUUCGCAUGUUCGGACUCACCUCCAUCGCGAUGUUCAUCUGGGAGCCCUUUGCCUCCUACAUUUGGCCCUGGAUGAACGGCAUUUCCAUUCCCUGCUUGGCCUCCAUGAAAGCCCUCCCUCCCACGCGCGGUAUCCUAAUGACCAUUUUCGGUGGCAUCUCCUCCAAUGAGGGACAGGGUCUCUUCAACUUCUCCCUCGACUGGCAGUACAUUACCUCCCGAUACAUGUCGCUCCCGCUGCUUCAGCAGGCGAAUUCUUGGGCCGGCAUCGUGUACAACCAGACCGCCAUCUUUGGCAAGACAGCCAUCCUUGACACAGAUGCGUUGGCAGCCCACGGCCUCCCCAGGCUCACGGCCACCAACGUCUGGGCUAACAUGGCUGCCAUGGCAGCCAUCGGUGCCCUGAUUACCCACAUCAGUCUCUUUUACGGAUCCCAGAUCAAGAAGUCUCUCACACAAGCCUGGAAGAAGGAGCAGACCGAUCCUCAUUACAAGAUCAUGGCUGAGAACUACAAGGAUGUCCCCAUCUGGUGGUACGUAAUCAUCCUCUUCGUCGGCUUCUUCCUCGGUCUUGGGGCCAUCUACGCUGGAAACACCACUCUUGACCCCUGGGCAUACGUCCCCGGCAAACCCAUCGCCAACCUCUACUUCUCCAUGUUCAGCCACGAGGUCACUGUGUUGUCGGUCUUCCUUGCAACCGAUCUCAAAAUGGCGCAGUACCUCAAGAUCCCUUGGCGAACCAUGUUCCUGCUGCAAACAUAUGGCAGCCUCCUCGGCACCGCCCUCAACUACGUCAUUAUGGAUAACAUUACCACCAACCGCCGAGAGGUCCUCCUGGACCCCAUCGGCACACAAGUCUGGAGCGGCCAAAAGAUCCAGAGCCUCAACACCAAUGCCGUCACCUGGUCUCUUGCCAAGUAUGUUUACGGCUUUGGCAAGGACGGUUAUGGCUGGAUCCCCCUGUCCAUUCUCAUUGGUGCCGCCAUCCCGGUCCUGCACUGGUUGGUUGCGAAAAGGCAUACGAAGAUUCUAGGCUGGGACGUCCGCAAGCUCGUCGCCCCCGUCAUUUUCACAACGCGUCUUCUACUUGCGCCGUGGUAUAUGCGCCUUCGGCACCCGGCUUGGUUCGGCAAGUACAACUACAUCGUUGGUGGAGGCCUGGAUGCUGGGGCCAAGGUGAUGAUGUUCAUCUUGACUUUUGCGGUGUUUGGAGGGUCCGGCGAUGAGGUUCCAUUCCCUACUUGGUGGGGUAACCCGAAGUCAAGCAAGCAACAAUAUGCAGAUUAUUGUGGUACUGGUAUUCCCGUCGCGAGUUAA